AGUUCUAUCUCACGCUGGCCUAGUUGUAUUUAUCGCAUUGGUGUUUUUCGGCAUGUGCGAGUCCUUUGCCUGUUAUCCUCACUUUUCGUGUGUGUCAAAAUUGGAUGUUGAUCAUUGAAAGUUAACGUUGCAAUUUUCCUGUUAUCGUUGUUGUCAGCAUUGUGUUUUCACAUAAAGCAUGACUGGACGGCGCGGUAGGAGAUCCAAUGCGCCGGGACCGCCUGCGACACGGCCAGCUCGCGGCCGUCCGCGUGCGCGCGCGAACCCUAUUACCCGUCCGACGGCAUCUGGUGGAAGUACUGGCGCGGGAAGCACAGGAGAUCUGGAUUCUCAGAUUGCCAUGGCAAGGCAGCAUUUGCAGUCGUUGUUAGCGCAGAAGGAUGCGGACGUCAUCCCUGUCUUGUCGACAUCGGAGGCCCCACCACCACAGCCUCCACAGCCACCACCGACGGAAACGACUAUGCUGCUUCAGCUCAUGAUGAAUCAGCAGAAUCAGCUUGUCCAGCUUACUCAGAAGGUCAACGAGGCCCAGGCGGCGCCAUCCACCAGCACCGGAGCGAGUAACAGUAAGAAACCGCCACCGUUGCCGGCUGGGUUCCCAAUUGUCAGUGAGAAAUGUCUUGAAGAACUGUACGAUCUUACGGUGAACGUUGACUUAGAUAAAUUGCUUAGAGCAAAUACCAUCAUGUCGCCGAUUCAGGGAGAAGCUAAAUUCGAGAUUAGGGAUGGAAACUUUAUUCUUUCUGAUUCAAAGCCGAAGAAGAUUACGAUUACCUCGUUCACUCUGUGGAACGAAGCAUUUAUUGUGUUUCGCCGUGUGCGCAGUUAUUACUAUCCCGCUCUUCAGCAACCGCUCGAUUCUUACCAUACGAUUAUGACUGAAAUGGCAGGUGUCUACCUGCCGCCAGUGUGGUUGGAGUAUGAUAAGACUUUUCGUGCCUGCCGCAUCCGUGAUGUCACUAACCAUGAUCAGUGGAACCUGCUGGAUCGAAACUUGCUGGACCGCUGUAUAGCCAGGCAUCCGCUUCGCGCUCAUCUGCCAUUAUGUCGCGACUGCAGCAUUGCGGACCAUACAGAUCAGGACUGCCCGAAAAAGCUCCAGAUCACUGCACAGGGACAGAAAGACGCAAAGGGGGAUCGGCCCUUUCGACACAUCCCGCCAGACUUGUGCAGGAACUGGAACAACGGGAGAUGCACCAACGGUUCGAACUGCCGCUUCAAGCACUUGUGUGGAACAUGCAGGGCGGCCGACCACACCGUCCACGAGCACGAUUCAGCCCAGCAUAAGCCUGCCAGUAGUACUAACGCCAAGGCCGGAGGGUUUCAGGUUUGGCUUUGCAAUCGGAUAUAACGGCCCACAAGUACGCCGGUUUACCGCAAACGCACGUUCAGCACUCCAAGAUCCACAGGUCAUCACCGCAAUGAUCAUGAAGGAGGUGCAAGCCAAUCAUGCAAGGGGUCCAUUUAAAGUGCAGCCACAUCCGAAUUUUGUUGUGAAUCCACUUGGGCUGCGCCCGAAGCGACCGUCAGGCCAUCGAGUUAUUAUGGAUCUGUCGCAACCAUUCGGACUGAGCGUGAAUGAUUUUAUUCCGAAAGAUAAGUAUUCGCUAACUUACGUAGGCGUAGAUGAUGCAGUUAAAAUGGUGAUGUUUCAUGGGCGGGGAUCGUUAAUGGCAAAAGUAGACAUUGAGAGCGCAUUUCGUAAUUUACCAGUCAGGCAGAGCGAUUGGCAUUUGCUGGGAUACGAAUGGGAAGGGCAGUUUUACCAUGAUGUAGUAGUCCCGUUCGGUUUACGUUCAGGCCCGUAUUUGUUCGACACCUUUGCCCGCAUGCUCGAGUGGAUAUUCAAAAAGUGUACGGGAAGUGAUACGUUUCUUCAUUUUUUGGACGAUUUUUUCAUGUGCGGUAAAGCAGCAAGUUGGGCAUGUGGGCGGUUAGUAAUGCAGGUUCAGUCAGUGUGUAAGUAUUUGGGUGUUCCGAUCAAUGAGAAAAAGUUGGUGGGUCCGGCUACGGUAAUUGAAUUUCUCGGUGUAGAGAUCAACAGUGAAAGCUUUACCUUAUCUGUAUCGGCCGCUCGUUUAGCAGAGUUAACAGAGUUACUCGAAAGCUUUUCCGCAUGUACGCAAUGCACAAAACGGGAACUUUUGAGCUUGAUUGGUAAGCUGUCAUUUGUGACGAAAUGUAUACCGGCCAGCCGAAUAUUUUUGAGACGCAUGAUUCAACUGAGCUGCAAGGUGAAUCGGCUGUAUCACCGGAUUACACUGACGGAGGGAUUCCGUCGUGAUGUUGCGUGGUGGAGGGAGUUCUUACCGGCAUGGAACGGGACGGCCGGCUUUGUACAACCAGAAUGGUUACCGGCAAGCGUACUACAUCUGUACACUGACGCGGCAGGAGCGAUAGGUUUUGGAGGCACGCUCGGUAAUGAGUGGUUCCAGGGCGCGUGGCCGGGUUGGCUGCUAAAAGUGAACCCACCGAUAACGUUUCUGGAAAUGUACCCAAUCUAUGUAGCGUGCGUUAUUUGGAAUGAACAGCUGUGCGGAAAACGAGUGCUUUUUCAUUGCGAUAAUACAGCGACAGCUCAGACAUGGUCAGCUGGCAGUUGUAGGAACCCAGCGGUGAUGGAGCUCAUACGCAGAAUUCACUUUGUUACGGCGCGGUUUAAUUUUAUUAUUAGAAUUACGCACAUCGCUGGCGUUGAUAAUAGCACUGCUGACGCAUUGUCUCGAUUCCAGUUGCAACGUUUUCGUCAGCUCCAUCCUUCAGCGGACGCCAACGGUAUGUCGGUACCGGAUCUGCUUACACGGCUGAAACCAUUCCUCAUCGGAAAGGAGCCUCCCAUAACAACCUCGACGCCGGCGCUCUUUUCGCCGCCGGAGUGGCUACUUCUACCCGAAGAGCUUACGCAAUUGGAGAGCGAAGUUUCGAGCAGUUUUGCAGAUCAGCAAUGAAACAACCAUGGCCAGCCACUCCGGAAACAGUCGAAGAUUAUGUGGCAUACUUGUUCAACCGGAAGUCGUCAUCGUCAACUAUAAAUGUGUAUGUAGCCGCUGUUGCCAGACGUCACAUAUCGCAGAAAUUGGCCGAUCCCACAGCCAACCCCAGACUGAAGCAGAUUGUGGCAGGCGCCCGCCGACUGACUGGAACGCAACCGGAUCAACGACUUCCGGUCACUUUUCAGUUGUUGGGACGCCUUCCAAGCCGAUUACAUCUAACCUUCCCCACACAAUACGACCAACAGAUGAUUUGGGCCGCUUUCACGAUGGCUCAUCAUUUCCUGCUGCGAGUGUCGGAACUGACAUCGCCAUCACCGACAAUGUUUGAGAUGUCUGCCACUCUCCUGCUCCAAGACGUGCGUUGGAACGACUCUAUGCUGCAGCUUUCCAUCAAGCAGUCGAAAACAGACCAGCAAAAGAAGGGAGCUACGCUGUCUUUGACAGCUUGCGAAGCUCCGAUCAUCCACAGCGCCUGUGUCACAUAUGCCCAGCAGCGUCAGCAUCGACAGCCUUCUGAUUUGCCAUUUUUUAUCCUUAGCAGCGGCCGCUUCCUCACGCGGAUUGACCUUACACGGGCACUGAAGACGACCCUUCCUGAUGGGGAGGACCGCGCCCGCUAUUCAUCCCAUUCUUUUCGAAUUGGCGGCGCCACUUCGGCUGCCGCCGAUGGCCUGUCAGCUGACGCCAUAUGUGAACGGGGACGGUGGAAAUCGUCCUCGUUUAAGCGUUACAUCCGCCCGCAACGUCUGCGCGUACCAUUCUUGUUUGGGGCUCCCCUCACUCGCGCUGCUCUCUCGCUAUGGUACGCACAGAACCGCACCGGAAGGCAGCCGCAACAUCCUGGCCACGUAUCAGGAUCCAGCUCACUCCCUGGCCACGAAUCAGGGUAUCACCUGGCCACGAAUCAGGUGUCUUCGACCCCUGACCACGAAUCAGGGGGUCACCUGGCCACGGACCAGGUGACACUGCUCGCGAUAACACGUAUACGCUCCUUCCGGUGGCCGAGCAUGUUCUGACGUUUUCCACGAGACUCCGCGGCCGAGCCGAGGCUGGCCAUAUGCCCCAAAACCAUGUCGGCGUUUCUCGAAUACAUCGUUAAUUGAAGUUAGCGUUUAAUCGCUAACUUGUUUUAACGAUGCGAGAGAAACGCCGGCAAGAGCUACUCUCUUUCUGCACAGGACAUUAAAGAUUAGCCGCCGGACUUUGAGCGAACCGACAGAUGCAUUUUCUCUUCCUUCCUGGAAUGUAGCACCAGCAUGUGUGCCAGCGAAUCGCCUGCCUUUCCUGUGCGGACGGUGUGCAAACUGCCUUUUUGCCUACGGACUACCUAACCGUCAGUUCUAUCUCACGCUGGCCUAGUUGUAUUUAUCGCAUUGGUGUUUUUCGGCAUGUGCGAGUCCUUUGCCUGUUAUCCUCACUUUUCGUGUGUGUCAAAAUUGGAUGUUGAUCAUUGAAAGUUAACGUUGCAAUUUUCCUGUUACCCGCCUUCCCAACCCUUUAGCAAUUAACUCUUGUCUUGUUGACUUCGUUAGUUAUAGCAGCACCAGUGUGAAACUCAUUAAAGGCCAUUCCUCACUCGCGCUGCUCUCUCGCUAUGGUACGCACAGAACCGCACCGGAAGGCAGCCGCAACAUCCUGGCCACGUAUCAGGAUCCAGCUCACUCCCUGGCCACGAAUCAGGGUAUCACCUGGCCACGAAUCAGGUGUCUUCGACCCCUGACCACGAAUCAGGGGGUCACCUGGCCACGGACCAGGUGACACUGCUCGCGAUAACACGUAUACGCUCCUUCCGGUGGCCGAGCAUGUUCUGACGUUUUCCACGAGACUCCGCGGCCGAGCCGAGGCUGGCCAUAUGCCCCAAAACCAUGUCGGCGUU